AUGUGGCUGGCCAUUCUACUUGCCCUCUGCUGCCUGACUUCCGACUCCCAGGGGGCAUACUCCCCAGAUUUUUGUUCCAAAGAUUUGAACUCCAGUGUGAAGCCAGGAUUUCCCAAAAAAAUAAAUACCAAUAACCCAGGAGUGCUUAAGGCAGCCAGGCACAGUGUGGAAAAGUUCAACAACUGCACAAACGACAUCUUCUUGUUUAAGGAGUCCCGGGUCAGCAAAGCUCUGGUACAGGUGGUGAAAGGCCUGAAAUACAUGCUGGAGGUGGAAAUCGGCAGAACUACAUGCAGGAAGACCACGCACCCCAAUCUGGACAACUGUGACUUCCAAACCAACCCUGCCUUGAAGAGGAUUCUACACUGCUACUCUGAAGUCUGGGUCAUCCCCUGGCUCCACAGUUUCCAGGUACCCAUUCUCCACUGCCACUGACUUCUGCAUCUUCAGCAAGACCAGGGCUGUGAUAAAUAUACACUCGUGUACCCUGCUACUCCUUCCUUUCCACCCCAGCCUGGCCAUCUCAGAUCCUCAGGGCUUCUUCCCAGUGAGCAGAUGGAAGUGCCAAGUGACUAGGAUGGGAGAAUACAAUGUCCUCCUGGCCACAUUAACUGUAUUCACAUUUUCUUCUAAAAUUAAUUCUUCUCUGCUGCACACCCAGAUUCAGGAUGUGGGCAUAGACAGAAUCCUUUGAUGGCAUUACUAGAGCACGGGUAGAGCAAAGCAGACACAGUCAACAAAGUAGCAGUGUGGGAGGGAUCUUGAUACCUGACUGAACAGAUUCUGUAUCCAUCUCUUGUCUACCAUUAACAUGACACCACUGCUGAUGGGAAUGGUUU